AUGCUUUGCUUGCUUUCUCUUUACGUUAUCAAGGCGUUUGAUGGAUCACGGUUUCACGGCUCAGAAGGUUGUCACGAUCCAAGACAGCACUCAAGGUUAGCCGUUUCCCCUCUCCACCCAAAUUGGCUCUUCUUCUUAUACUCCACUACGGAGGGCAGACGUCGUUCCUCGCUCUCAGCAGCCUUCGAUAACUUUCGCAACAAAUGCCGCAGAACCAGAAUCGACAGCCUUCUCUCACCUCCAAAGCUAGACUCUGGAGCUUCGAACGAUGAAGAGGAGAGUUUCAAUUCUCCUUCCGAUGAGGAAGGCGUGCUCCUGACGACCAACUCGGGUGACAAGAGUCCUGGGACUAGAGAUGGGGAGCAUCAUGAACAAGCAGAGAGCACUCAUAGCCGCUGCGAUAGCAGAUUACCUGAGAUUGUCGUCGAUGACUGCUCUUUCGCUACGGGCUUUGGGAUUGGAGCUCGAGACAACGAUACCAGUCCCGACGAGAACAAUCGACUCGUCUCUGCUCUCGCAGACUUUACUGCCGAAGCUACGGAGCCUGAAGAUUUUGGACGAUACUUUUCUCUUUCUCGUCAAAGCAAUGAUUGUCAGGCUGCUGAUUCGAAUAUCAGUCCUACCGAAACCACGACUACUGAACUUGCCUCUCUACAUUCGAUGAGUAGACUAUUGCAGUCAGAUGACUCAGGCUCGACUUUGGAGUUCGAGAUUGGGGUGCCUUUGCAGAGGAGUCUUGCGAGGACGAACUUGCAGCAAGAGUGGACUACGCAGGUGCAGACUGAGCCGCAGACACAAGAGCAGAGUCUGUUGCAAAGCACUUAUGCUUUGCUGGAUGAGGUUGUCCACGAGACUGUAUUGAUUGAAAAGGAGAAAGACGCAGGUCAGGAAGAGGAGGGUGCAAUGAGAAGAGGAAAAGCAACAUCGCUGAUGAAGACGGUCGAUGGAGUGAGACUGGAUGCGAGGCCUUUGGUCAGACAUUCUGGUACUGCAGCACCACCACACAGUUCCUUGCAGUUGUGUAAUCUCUCGGGUCCCAGCAGCCCUGGAUUGGUUGAUACGAGAAGGCAAGGAGUUGUCGGUCAACCACGUCCGCAACUUACUUCUUGGUUCUCGUCGUCAAGCGAGUCGAGCACCGAUGGUAUACACCUAAGCUUACCUUCCUCCCGUCGUCGCCACAUCAAGAAGACAGACCUGUCUCCGCCUUCUACCAUGUUGAGGAGGAAACGCCAUCAAACGACUCACGACACCAGACCUCUCCUCUCUUCCCCUCCUCCGUUCUCAGAACCACCAAAGCACUCUGAUAUCACCAGCGCACCCAGAGGCACUCAAGUCGACAAAUCUAGAAACAAACAAAUGGAAUACUCCCAUACCCCUCCCUCUCCACGACCAAAAUCAACAUCAGCCUACACAACCCUCUCUUCUGCCUCUUCCAUCUCCAAUUUCCACUUUACUCUGAACGCAAAACUGGACGCCGCUAUCUCUACAGGAGCAAUCAAAGCACAUCAAGUCGGUGUCAAAGAAAGGGUGCGUAGACUUUCUGGAGCUAGAAGGAGUUUGCAACAGGGAUGGAAAGCUGGUGGGAGAGUGGCAUCUGAGGGAGCGAGAAGAAUGAGUGGGUGGGGAAGAGGGAUUGGUGAAGCUGUUGUUGCGUCGGGAGGUGUGGGUGUUGGAUGGGGUGAUGUAGCAAGAGAGGGAGAUGAUGAUGUUGGGAGAAAGAGCGCUACCAUGUACUAUGGCGGUGGAUUUGUCUAA